AAAGCUCUACGCGCCGCGUACUUAGGCUACCUGUGAAGCACACACCUGUGGGAGUGAAUGCACGCGUCAUUUCCCAGAAGUGCGCGCGCGCGUGUGUGUCUUCCCUUUCAUCCGCAGCUCUCGGUCAUGACGCUUCGUAUCAUUCGUAUUUUUUGUCAAAUUAAGGAGCAAUAAUGUGACAUUCUUUUGACUGGAGGCUAUAGUGUGUGAACGGUGUAUUGACACUCACUGACAAUAAUGCAGAUUCAGGUCUACGUCGUUGCCUUGUCUAUCUUGAUCUUGGGACCCGGAACAAAGGUUGACGCUGAGAGCCUUCCUCCUCCCAGCAACGUGUCUAUAAAGUGUGACAGCUAUAAAGUUGAAGUACACUGGCAAUAUCCAUAUGCCGUGGAGAAUGUUGUCUUCCGGGUGGAGGUGAAGGAUAAAAGCGGGAUUGAAUUUGAUGACACAAGCGAACACUGGAUGAACAUAUCCAACAUGCUCAUGAAUCCAGUGUUCAAUCAUUACGUCGUCUUCGUGACAGCCAAACAGGGAGACAAGAUGUCAAAGAAAUCCGAUUCAAAAACAUUCAGUUUCAACGAGCACGCCACCAGCACUAUUAAGUGUCAGUUGGAGUUUCCAGACGUUAAGCUGUCGCCAAAGGAAGGAAAUCUUCACCUAGAGUUUACCAACCCUCUGUACCUGUACAGAAACACACCAGCUCUUCGCAAUAACACAGAUAUGGAUUUCGAGUUUUGGGCUGAAUCAGAAGAGAUCACUAAAACGUCAAACAGUUGUGGAAGGGAGCUUAAAACAUGCGAGGCAUCUUUUGCCUUUGCCAAGAAGAGAGAUAAAUACUGUCUCAACCUAACAGGAGAAAUCGGACAAAGAUUGCUUAAGCAGAAGAGACAGUGUUUCAUUGGAGACCUCACAUACUACCCGCCGAUCACCACAUACCUGUAUCCAUUGCUGGGGGUUGUUUUAUCAUUGCUGUUUAUAAGCUUUAUUAUAAUGUUGCUGGCAAAGAUAUGCAACGAGCAAAUAAAGAAGAAAGCAGCGACUGCUUUUCCCUCAUUCUUGGAUUUCAAGCCACCGCAAACACACCUGUGCAAACCUCUAAAAACUGUGCAGGAAAACGUGGCGAGCGAUCUUCGUAUCGAACUGGUCACUCACGACCCUGCUGAGAACACCAUGUUAAUAGAGAUCGACCCCGAUGAGCAGCAGUCGUCGGAUUGGCAGAGUUCUUCCGUCGACUCAAAGAACUACAACAAAUAUGGUGGAGACGGUGACCUGGAGGAUGCCAGAUCCUCUAGUGAUUUAGAUUUAGGAGAAACGGUCAACAGUUGUCACACCCACACAAGCAGGUCCAUCAGUGACACAUCUGCAGGAUACGACUGUCCACACGUCCUCAGACUAGAGAUGAGUCCUGGAGAUGAAGUACAAGGUUACAGAAACUAGAGACCCGUCCAGGACAAACACAACAGACACGGUGAUUGCUUUCAGAGGCUGACAUGUGAAGGGAAGUCCCAGAAAAGGCAAAUGAUCAGGGAUGUUUUUGGGAAUAUGUCCGGACCAAAAAAUACACUAUGUUUUGUACAACUGUUUGUACAAACAAAAGCUUUCAUGUGAGGAUAUGAAGUGGAAUUUCCCAGUUAUUCUGGUUCACAGCAUUGUACAACGGCAUUUAUUUUCUUCCCGUAUAAUGCAACUACAGGGAUAUUUGUUUUUUUCUACAUAACGUAGUCUUACCAUCUUGUGUGUCUUUUACACUACUGUACUGUAUGAUUUAACAGUGCAUCUCAGGUUGUGACUCAAGCUACUUAAUAUUUGCUACGGCAAGAUCAUAAGGUACCAAUUCGGACUGCUUGCCAAUGACAUCGCAACAAGACAACUCAAAAAACAUGGAGUAAAAUGGCACAUCUACUAGAAAUCCAAAUAGAAAUAGCUUUGUUAACUGUGAAGCUGCUGCAGUUUUGGUUGCGUGUCCAAGUAAAUGCCGUGUUUCGGCAAUGAAGUGCACUUUGUCAAAUAACGAUUCAUACAAAAAAUCUGUCUGUUAUUAUUACGAGGACAGGAAAGACGUUUCAGGUCAAAACUUGUUUUUUAUGUUAACUGCAUUAACAGGGUAAAGCAUUUUAACAUAGCGAAUUAUUGAGCCAUCUAGAACAGCCAUGUUGAUUAUUGUAUACUGUAUACUUGUGCAUUUAUUUUUUAUUUAUAUAGUGUAUUUUUUAUUAAAAGUGGGGUUGGAUUCUA